UUUAUCUUCUUCUUGGUGUUGGAAAUCUUGAUGCCACAUAAAUAGUUGGCGUUCGAGAUUUCAUGUCUCCGGUUGUGAGUGAAAUCCUCCGGUCGGGGUUUAUGAUAAAUUCCUCACUCAGACGCAGGACCCAUCUUGUUCAAUCUUUCUCAAUCGUCUUCCUCCACUGGUUCUAUGUUUUUUCAUAAAUAAAAACUUCCUCUAAUCGCUUGACUUCCAUUUCAUAUGCAUAUAUAGCACAUAAAAAAAUCAAAUAUAUAAAUAUCCCACAUUAGCUAAAACAUAAUUAGUUUCUGGGUCCUGACGUCUUUCUCAAAAAAAAAAAGGAUCUUUGUGUAAAUAUAUAUAACAUCAUGGCUUCGUCUAGUGGAAAUUCCAAUUCAUCAGGUUCGACACUGCUUCAGAAUUCAGGUUCUGAAGAGGAUUUGCAUCAGCUGAUGGAUCAAAGAAAAAGAAAGAGAAUGGAAUCCAACAGAGAAUCAGCGAGGAGAUCAAGGAUGAGAAAACAAAAGCGUUUAGAUGAUUUAAUGGCUCAACUGAUUCUGCUAAGGAAAGAUAAUUACCAAAUCCUCACAGGCAUCAACUUCAUCACCCAGCAGUACUUGAACAUGGAGGCUGAGAACUCGGUUCUGAGAGCUCAGAUCAUAGAACUGAGUCAAAGACUGGAUUCCCUGAAUGGGAUCCUUAAUCAUCUCAAUAAUCCCAGAAUCAGCAAUGGGGUUUAUGAAAGUGAAGCUUUUGAAAGUUUCACCAAUUUCAUUCACCCUUUCAAUUAUGCUUAUCUUAAUCAACCAAUUGUGGUCACUGCAGAUGUAUUCCAGUACUGAUCCGCCAUUAUUAAA